GACACUGAUCGUCAACUGCCAAGCUUCACGUACGGACAAACUUCACACACAUUAUGUAGCAGAGAGUCAGAGACUGUAUAAACCCUAGCAAGUUCAGGUUUGUCAGCAGUUGCAUCCUGUAGUCUAGGGGCGUUGUUCAAGGAGAAGGUGAAUAUUUUGAUGCAAUGGGGGUUUCGCGGUCUUCCAGAGAAGAGGUGGGUAUGAGUGGUAAGGAUGACCAGGACAAGAUCUCUGAUGAGGGUGAUAUGGACGUUGAUGAUGAUGAUGGUAUUUUUGAUGACUUCGGUUUAAAAGAGCUGGGGGAAGAAUAUCUAAAAAGUUUCUGUAGAAAGGCAGCUAUGUCUUUUUUCAAGCAGUAUGGUCUGAUUAGCCAUCAGAUCAACUCAUACAACCAUUUCAUUAGAAAUGGUCUCCAGAAGGUCUUUGAUUCUUUUGGUAAGAUGGAUAUUGAACCAGGCUUUGACCCAUCAAAGAAGGGGGAAGAUGGUGAAUGGCGUUAUGCUUCUGUGACAUUUGGAAGGGUCUCACUUGAUCGGCCUGCCAUUUGGACUGGUAGUGGAGGCAGCGAACAGAAACUGCUGCCCAGGCAUGCCAGGCUUCAAAACAUGACAUAUUCAUCCAGAAUGAAGGUCAAUGUCACUUUUCAGGUAUAUACAAAGAAACUUGUUAGAAGUGACAAGUUUAAAACUGGAAGAGAACAAUUUCUUGAGAAUGAUGUUUUAUUUAAUGAGGAAAGGGAAAUCAUAAUUGGGAGGAUCCCUGUUAUGGUAAGAUCAGAGUUGUGUUGGAUGCAUGAAGCAGAAAAAGAUGAUUGUGAUUUUGAUCAUGGUGGCUAUUUUCUGAUCAAGGGUGCAGAGAAGAUAUUUGUUGCUCAAGAGCAAAUUUGCAUGAAAAGACUAUGGAUUUUAAAUAACCAGGGUUGGACAGUUUCAUACAAGUCAGAAGUGAAGAGGAAUAGACUGAUUAUUAGACUUGAGGAGAUUUCAAAUUCCGAGGAUGUUAAGGAAGUUGGCCGAACAAAAAAAGACAUCAAGGGAGCAGAGAAACUGUUAACUGUAUAUUUCCUGUCUACUGUAAUCCCUGUUUGGAUUUUAUUUUUUGCCCUCGGUGUCUCAUCAGACCGAGAAGUUGUAAAUCUGAUUGAUUAUGAGAACAAUGAGGCUGGCAUAUCAAACAUACUAUUUGCCUCCAUUUGUGAUGCUGAUAAAAAUUGUGAGGGAUUUCGUAGAAGGAAUAAUGCUCUUUGUUAUUUACAUAAAUUGAUAGAGGAUACCAAAUUUCCACCUGAGGAAAAAGGAGAUGUUGAGAAGUGCAUUGCCUUGUAUCUUUUCCCUGCACUUUGCGGCCUUAAACAAAAGGCUCGUUUUCUUGGGUAUAUGGUGAAGUGCCUUUUACAAGCUUAUUCUGGCCGCAGAAAAUGUGACAAUAGAGAUGAUUUUCGAAAUAAGAGGCUGGAGUUGGCUGGUGAGCUCCUUGAGCGAGAGCUCAAAGUGCAUAUUGCACAUGCAAGGAGGCGUAUGACCAAGGCUUUGCAAAGAGAUCUUUAUCCAGGGCGCACUGUGCGGCCUAUUGAGCAUUACCUUGAUGCAUCUAUUAUCACAAAUGGGCUUUCAAGAGCAUUUUCAACUGGAGCAUGGUCACAUCCUUUUAAGAGGAUGGAAAGGAUUUCUGGUGUUGUUGCGAAUCUUGGACGGGCAAACCCACUGCAAACGUUGAUUGAUCUUAGGAAAACACGCCAACAGGUUGCCUACGCCGGGAAGGUUGGAGAUGCUAGAUACCCGCACCCUUCUCACUGGGGCAGACUUUGCUUUCUCUCCACUCCUGAUGGUGAAAAUUGUGGACUUGUGAAAAAUCUUGCUAUCACAGGACUUGUCAGUACUGACACUUUAGAUCCUUUAGUUGACACGUUGUUUGAUUGUGGCAUGGAGAAGCUAGUGGAUGAUGCUACAACUUCACUAAAUGGGAAAUUUAAAGUGUUUCUGAAUGGGGAGUGGGUUGGCGUUUCUGAAGAUUCGCUCUCGUUUACCGCUGAGUUAAGAGGAAAAAGGCGGAAGAAAAAAUUACCACAUCAGAUGGAAGUUAAAAGAGAUGAGAAGCAAGGAGAAGUGCGUAUCUUUGCUGAUGCUGGAAGGAUUCUGCGUCCCCUUCUGGUAGUUGAGAAUCUGGACAAGAUAAAAGCACUGAAAAGGGAAAACUACACCUUUCAGACUCUUUUGGACAAGGGGAUAAUUGAGCUUGUUGGAUGCGAAGAAGAAGAGGACUGUCCUACUGCAUGGUCUUUCAAGUACCUUCUGGCAGAAGUUGAAGGGCAGCAACGCGUCAAGUAUACUCAUUGUGAGCUUGACGCAUCAUUUCUGUUGGGAUUGAGCUGUGGGAUAAUUCCAUUUCCAAAUCAUGACCAUGCAAGGAGGGUUCUGUACCAAGCACAGAAGCAUUGUCAACAGGCCAUUGGGUUUUCUACAACAAAUCCCAAUAUAAGAGUUGAUACUCUGUCACAGCAAUUGUACUACCCCCAAAGGCCACUCUUUCAGACAAUGUCUGCUGAUUGUCUUGGACAGCCGGGAGCUUCUCUUGGUCGCACUCAAAUACUUCCAAAGCCUGAAUUGUUCAAUGGCCAGAAUGCUAUUGUUGCAGUGAAUGUUCACCUUGGAUACAACCAGGAGGAUUCCUUGGUUAUGAACAGUGCCUCUCUACAACGUGGUAUGUUCCGUUCUGAACAUAUAAGAAGUUAUAAAGCAGAAGUUGACAACAAAGAGGAAAGCCAGGAGAAGAGACGAAAACUAGAGGACCAUGUAAAUUUUGGGAAAAUCCAAAGUAAGAUUGGCCGUGUAGAUAGCCUUGAUGAUGAUGGUUUUCCUUAUAUUGGUGCCGAGCUGCUGAGUGGGGACAUUGUCAUAGGAAGGUGUGCUGCAUCUGGGGCUGAUCACAGUGUAAAACUGAAGCACACUGAAAGAGGCAGAGUCCAGAAAGUUGUUCUAUCAUCAAAUGAUGAUGGGAAAAACUUUGCUGUAGUAUCUCUGAGACAGGUUCGUUUUCCCUCUCUAGGGGACAAGUUCUCAAGCAUGCAUGGACAGAAAGGUGUUCUUGGAUUUCUGGAGGCUCAGGAGAACUUUCCUUUCACAGGACAAGGAAUUGUCCCAGAUGUGGUAAUUAAUCCACAUGCAUUUCCUUCACGUCAAACACCAGGCCAACUCUUGGAGGCUACUCUAGCAAAGGGGAUUGCCUGUGGUGGGUCAUUGAGACAUGCCACCCCGUUCUCCACCUCUGUUGGUGCCAUUACAGUUGAGGCCAUUGAAGAGCAGUUGCAUAGGGCUGGAUUUUCAAGGUGGGGAAAUGAGAGACUCUAUAAUGGUCGAACUGGCGAGAUGGUUCAUUCCCUGAUUUUUAUUGGCCCAACAUUCUAUCAGCGACUAGUCCACAUGGCCGAAGAUAAAGUCAAAUUCCGGAACACUGGCCCCGUCCACCCACUUACAAGGCAGCCGGUUGCUGACAGGAAACGUUUUGGUGGCGUCAAGUUCGGGGAAUGGAGCGGGACUGUCUCAUUGCUCAUGGAGCAUCAGCUAACUUACAUGAACGCAUCUUCACACUUAGUGAUUCCUCCCAGAUGCACAUUUGUCAGAAGUGUGAAAAUGUUGCAAGUGUGAUACAGCGGACGGUGCAGGGCGGUCACAAGAUUAGAGGGCCAUACUGCAGGUUGUGUGAGUCCGCCGAUGGUAUUGUCAGGGUAAGUCUUCCAUAUGGCGCCAAGUUAUUAUAUCAGGAGCUUUUCUGUAUGGGCAUCAAUCUCAAGUUCAAAACCCGGAUAUGUUGAGUUUGUGGGGUUUAUCUGUUGGCUGCAUAACUUUUUGGAACUUGGUAUGUUACUGCAUCCCUAACACCUGCAGUUGGGUUUAUCUGUUGGCUGCUAAACUUUUUGGAACUUAACACCUGGAGUUUUCCAGUGGUGAUUUUGUGUAUAUAAGUUGUCUAAACUUGGGAUGUUACCAAAUGUGUAAGCCAACGUACUUCCUGAAAACAGUAGUGAUUAACGGGUAUAAGAGAAGCACCAUAUGAUAAAUGAUGUUGACCAUU